AUGUCUUCGCCCGAGAAAGCCAUCGAAACUCUAGCUGGCAAGGUCAACCAACUUCGUGGCCUCUACGGCUUCGAAACGGUCAAAUAUUUCACAUCUCCGCCCAACGAAGAUGUUUUUAUGCGUUUGUCCGACCAGGAAAGUAGUGAUUGCGGAGUUAGCGCACACAUGGGGUUGAAAGGUGGCUGCUUUGGACUUAGGGGCUGUCCAGUGUUCAAGAAUCGGGUUGACCUGCUUGGGAGACGGGGAUCGAAAGCUGAUCUAUAUUCUCAGAUCAUUAUAUGGUUUCAGGACAACCGCGCGAGGCUACCCAUGAGUUACAAGGACGAAAAACUUUAUAUUACUUUAAAGGCGAAGAUAAAAUCCUCGGAGUCUCAAGAUCAGCAAUUUGCGGAAGAAUAUGAAGCUUUUCUCAACGGCGAAGCUAAAAUCCGCGUUCACAUUGCGUCGCAGGAUCGUGUCGGGGUCGUUGUUCCUGAGACCAAAUUGGAGUCUAGUAACUCUAGUAAUAUAGCACAGCUCGAUCCCACCGACAACAAUCAUGGACGGGGAAUGAAGAGAGAUAGAGAGGAAGACGCGGAUAUGGCUGAUGGCGAUGUGGAAGUACCACGAAAGCUAAGCAAACAAGGAAGAAAGAGGGCAGCAAGAAGAGCGAAAGUAAUCGCGGUCGUGGCAGAUUCCCAAGAUUAGUCCACGCAAAAAUCAUCGUGAGGUUUGGCAUCAGGAUCUCCGGAUCUCUUAGUGUGAUUUUGCUGUUAGCUGGGGAUAAUUGAUAUCCUUUCGGUCUCUGAGCUGCUACUGAGUUCAGGAUUGAUGGUUUCAUAACUAAAAUGAUGUUUAACGAUCAGUAGUCCUCUUGAGAUGGUAAUGGACUUUGCAAGUUCAAGGUUGAGCAGCGGGCAGCGAGGAUCACCACAUUCGUCCAUAUACUUCAAUAUUCUAU